CCACUCAAGGGAAACAGUCACAGUGUCCUUUCUGGACAGCUAGCCAUUCCCAAGAGGUGACCAAGCAACACCAGUUUGACGUUGAGUGUACAUGCAUUAUCCAGAAGAUGUAAUUCUCUUGUGUGGUGAUGGAUUCUUGAAGUUACUGGGUCAAGGUCGGGUUGACCUCAGGGUAAGAAUGUUAACCUGCUGCUCAUUAGCUGCAUAACACAGUCAUGAUAUUCUGCUAUUGUAACUCAGGGGCAGUAAUCGGUUGAGCGACAGUGAUCAGCAACAUUAGGAGUUCUAGCUAACUCUGGAAAGCUACUCAUAACAUCGGGCGCGAUUGCGAUUUCAGUUCGACGAUGAAGAACAAGAGCAUCUCUCAUCGAAAUACGUUAACGCACAUGAACUCCCAGCAGGGGGCAGCACGUUUUCAGACGGGGCGACAAAUCUCGGCGAAGGAACACUACAUGAGUCGAACGCGAUAUGCACCGGGAGUUAAUGCAAAGCAGCCAUUGUCGUUUGCUGGAAAACAAGAGAACGGUAAUCUAGCGGGUUUCCCAAAGGUCAACAACAUCAGCUUAGAAGAGACAAACAAGCGAAACUCUGUGAACGCGUCGAACAGUAGAACGUCUAAUCCUUCUGCGAAGGACACCAGGCCCCCCUGGCGGCCGUCCUACAACGUAUCGAAUGCACGCGAGAGCUCGGCGGUCGGUAACCGAUCGGCUGGCCUCAGCAAGGCGACCGGACGCACCGACUGGGCUGCAAAGUACCUCAAGUGAGCGCUCGUCUGCCGAUCACGGUGCCACACUGAAGAAGGGACUUCUCAACGCUGGGAUAAUGUGAGCAGGCGUGCGCGCAGAGGACACGCGGCUGGCGCGCAUGGCUCACUGUGAACAUUGUUACCAGCAAUUAUGACCACAUCUCGUGGGGCGUCUGACCAGCCUGUCUGCACUGUCGACGGAUGAGGGGCAUGUUUUAACGAUCAGCCAAGCGGUUUUAACCUUACCCCCCUCUCCCCAACCUAUUGUCCCUAAGCCCUACCACCUCUCCCCACCCUAUCGUCCCUAAAACCUACCACCUCACCCCAUCCCAUCGUCCCUAAGCCCUACCACCUCAUCCACCCCAAUCGUCUCUAAGCCUACCUCCUCACCCCACCCCACCCCACCCACCCCCCACCCCUAUCGUCUAACAACGGGCCUUUGUGCCGACAAAGGUUACCCCAUUGUAGAAUCAUUGAGCUAUCGUAGUGUGCUCGAUUUGUUUUAGAGCAUGACAUGACUUUGCGGUGUGUUGCGGCGCGUCUCUGUGCAGGCAUGUUGUCCGGAUCGUUGCAACGCGGGUCAAAUGUCGGUGGCACCACCUUGUGUACAAAAAAGUGAAUAUUUUUGUAAAUAGCCGUUGUGCGCGUGGAAGCAUAGUGAUGCUUGCGUAUCGAAGAAUUUGUCUUUGAUAUCGAAUUUGUUAUUUAAGUGCAACAAAAUACAGUGCUCACUGUGUUCGCUUCAAUUGUCAACAGAAAUUGAUGGAUCUCCUGCUGCCUAGUUGCUCUGAUAACCCAUGAUUUGAUCUUUGUAAAUGCAUGCAUGUAUAACAUUUGCAAACUCUGCUGAGAUGAACUUGAAAAGGCAAAGAUAUACACGAUAUCCCUCAUCUGUUUAUAUAGACGUGGAAUGCGCGUCGUGAUUUCAAAUGGUAUAAAAAAUCUGCAAGCUCAUUUUAGAAUUGGCUCUUCAUCAAUAAAAAAAUAAUUUAAAUCAAUUAAACAAAAUAUAUAAACUUGUAUAUAUAAAACAUCAUUUUAGUUUCAUUUCAUAAAUUGCCAUACUUUGUUUAAGCCACCAAAUAAGGUUUUGUAUUGAACAUAGAUCAGGAGGCUACAGUGUGGGAUUCGGUGGAUGUAAUGUAUUGAUCAUUUCCAACCUAUUCACAAAUCAAUAUGACAAAGAA